UUCUUUUCGGUUUGAAGGCUGAUAGCUAUGAUCAAUUACCAUGUAUUGAGAGAUUGGAAGUUCAGCAACUCCGGAAGAGAUCAGGAAUAGUGUGAUUGAGGAUUUUUUAAGAAUGCACAAAGCAUCCCUACUCAUCACUAGCGCGAAUGAGGCUACCCACUGUGAAUUUAUUUCUGUGAUUAUAUAUGGGGUGGCGUCCAUCUUCGAUGGUACUGUAAAAGUUUAUCCCCAGUAUGAAGUCUCUGGAAGUCAUGAAAAAGGACCCAUAGAUUGGGUGAUCAAAAUGGGGGAUACAAUUAUUUCUGUAACUGAAGCAAAACGAGAAGAUAUUAACCAAGGUGUUGCCCAAGCACAUGCAUCUUUGCAAUGCAAUUGCAAAAAACGUACUUAUGAUGAUGCUAAUUUGUAUGAAGGUGCAAUGUACUGCAUUGUCUCAACAGGUAUGCUUGUAAAACAAGUUCGAAAAAUAUGACCUGAAUUACUACUUGAUCAAAAUCAAUGCAAUUAUUACUAACUCUUUUAUUUGAUAUCCAAUUUCAGGUGUUGACUGGGUAAUAACAAAAGUUCAAAGUGGUAUUGGAGAUGGGAAUGAUAAUGGUGAUGGCAACUACCCAUCAUUAUCUCGCGAUGACCUAGUUGGACCUAUUGAGAAAUUAUUUGGGCAAAUCAAAUGGGUUUUUGAUCAGCAAAAAUCAUCAUUGGUCGAUGGAAAGCGGGUAAAAA